AUGAGAAUUUUAAUGACUUGUUUUCUCUGCUUUGCAAUUCCAGUGUUGAUGCAUUACAUGCUCUCAGCAACAAACGCUCUUUCUUUGAGUUCAUACACCGAUGAACUUGCUUUGCUAGCUUUGAAGGAAAAGCUUACAAACAGUGUGCCUGAUUCUCUACCAUCAUGGAAUCAGUCUUUGCAUUUGUGUGAAUGGCAGGGUGUCACAUGUGGCCCUCGUCACAUGAGAGUAUCUGUCUUGCAUUUGGAGAACCAAACUUUGGGUGGCACACUUGGUCCAUCCUUAGGAAAUCUCACAUUUCUCAGAAUACUCAAACUUCAAAGCCUCGCUUUGCAUGGUGAAAUUCCAAAACAAGUUGGUCAAUUGAAGCGCUUGCAAAUUCUUGAUUUAAGAUAUAACAAACUUCAAGGAGAGAUUCCUAUAGAGCUAACUAAUUGCACAAAUAUUAAGGUAUUUGUUUUGCGGGAAAAUCGGUUCACCGGAAGAGUUCCAACAUGGUUUGGAUCAAUGCCACAACUUACUGCCUUGUUUCUCGAGACCAAUAAUCUAGUUGGUACAAUUCCAUCUUCCCUACAAAAUGCUUCAUCACUCCAAAUGCUAUUUCUUUCAGAAAAUCACUUGGAAGGAAGCAUACCUUAUUCUUUAGGUAAGUUAUCAAGUUUAGAAAUUCUGGGUCUAGCUUUAAAUAAUUUGUCAGGUGAAAUCCCUCCUUCUCUUUAUAACCUAUCAAAUAUUCUCUCUUUUAAUCUUUUGGGGAAUGAGUUAUAUGGCAGUCUUCCAUCUAAUAUACAUCUUGUUUUCCCCAAACUUGUUGAAUUCUCAGUAGCGCGAAACCAUAUAACAGGAAAUUUUCCCAAUUCAAUAUCCAACCUAACCAAUUUGAAAAGAUUUGAUAUAGCAGGCAAUUCUUUUAAUGGGCUAAUACCUCUUACUUUAGGUCGAUUAAAUAAACUUGAUUUUUUUAAUAUUGAGAAUAAUAAUUUUGGAAGUGGAGGUGCUCAUGAUUUAGACUUCCUUUCUUCUUUAACCAACUGUACUCAACUAUCAAUGCUCAGAUUGGAUCACAAUAAAUUUGGUAGUAAGUUGCCUAACCUUAUAGGAAACCUUUCCAUCAAUCUCAAAUAUUUUGAUCUAAGCGAUAAUCAAAUAUAUGGAGUGAUACCUGAAAGAAUUGGACAACUAAUUGGUUUAACUUUCUUAGACAUUGGAAGCAAUUCCCUUGAGGGAUCAAUUCCAUACUCAAUUGGAAAGCUUAAGAAUCUAGUAAGAUUGGUCUUGCAAGAAAACAAACUAUCUGGUAACAUUCCUACAAGUAUUGGAAAUCUUACUAUCUUGUCUGAAUUAUAUCUUUCAAGCAAUAAAUUGGAAGGAAGCGUUCCAUUUUUCCUUAGAUAUUGCACCCAAUUGCAAAUAUUGAGUAUUGCUGUAAACAAAUUGAGUGGUGAUUUACCAAACCAAACAUUUAGAUAUCUAGAUAAUUUAAUAUUUAUUUACCUGCACCACAACUCUUUGACCGGUUCCAUUCCUUCAGAGUUUGGUAACUUGAAGCAUCUUUCAGAAUUGUAUCUAGACUCAAAUCAUUUUUCUGGUGAAAUUCCAAAGGAUCUUGCUGCUUGUUUGACAUUAACAAGGCUGGUGUUGAUGGGAAACCUGUUUCAUGGACAAAUACCUCCCUUUUUGGGAUCUUUAAGAUCCCUUGAAAUCUUAGAUAUUUCUAAGAACAAUUUCUCAAAAACAAUCCCCUUUGAACUAAGAAAUCUCACACUUUUAAAUAUUUUGAACCUGUCUUUUAACAAUCUUUAUGGUGAGGUUCCCAUAGGAGGUGUCUUUAGCAAUGUCACAGCAAUUUCACUAAUUGGAAACAAGAACCUUUGUGGAGGGAUACCUCAAUUGAAGCUUCCAAAAUGCUCCAUGGCUUCCCCUAAGACACACAAACGGUAUCUAAAAAAGAAACUUAUCAUCAUCAGUGUAAUUGGAGGGGUUUUGAUCUCUUUCAUAGCUUUUACAAUUGUCCAUUUUCUCACAAGAAACUCCAAAAAGUUAUCUUCUUCACCAUCUCUACAAAAUAGAACACUGAGAGUUACUUAUGGAGAGUUACAUGAAGCAACCGAUGGAUUUUCUUCAGCCAAUUUGGUAGGGAUGGGAAGUUUUGGAUCUGUUUACAAAGGAUCACUUUUCAACUUUGAAAGACAUAUUGCUGUAAAGGUGUUGAAUCUUGAAACAAGCGGGGCAACAAAGAGUUUCGUGGCAGAGUGCAAUGCUCUUGGGAAGAUGAAACAUCGGAAUCUUGUGAAGAUCCUAACUUGUUGUUCAAGUGUUGAUUACAAGGGUGAAGAUUUCAAGGCUAUUGUUUUUGAGUUCAUGCCUAAUGGGAGUCUUGAAAAUUUGUUGCAUGAUAAUGAAGGAUCUGAAAAUCAUAGUCUCGGCCUCACACAAAGGGUAGACAUUGCUCUUGAUGUAGCUCAUGCUUUGGAUUAUCUUCACCAUGAUGAAGACCAAGUUGUUGUUCAUUGUGAUGUUAAGCCAAGCAAUGUUCUUCUUGAUGAAGAUAUUGUUGCCCAUUUGGGAGACUUUGGUUUAGCUAGGCUCAUUCGUGGAGCCACCGAACAUUCAAGUAAAGAUCAAGUUAGUUCCUCAACAGUUAAAGGAACUAUAGGAUAUCUUCCUCCUGAGUAUGGAGCAGGUGGUCCAGUAUCAUCGCAGGGAGAUAUCUACAGUUAUGGAAUUCUUCUAUUAGAAAUGCUCACUGGAAAGAGGCCAGUAGAUAACAUGUUUUGUGAGAAUGUAAACCUGCAUCAAUUAUGCAAGGUGAAAAUUCCAGAAGGAAUUCUUGAGGUAGUGGAUCAACGUUUGCUUGAGCCAUUUGCUGAAGAUCAGACAGGGAUUAUGGAAAACAAGGUUAGGAAGUGUUUGGUGAUGUUUGCUAAAAUUGGAGUUGCUUGUUCUGAAGAAUUUCCUAAUCAGCGAAUGUUGAUAAAAGAUGUUAUAGUUAGGUUGAAUGAAAUCAAAUCAAGCUUUCCAUGA